UCUCUUACCUCUCUCCCUCUUCUCUGCCAUGAAUCUGCCCACCACCUAGAUUUGAAAAAGGAGAAGACAGUGAAUAAUCUCCACCGAGAUUUGAAGAAGCAAUUGCCAUGGAUCUGUUCCUCUAGAGUACCCAAAAAAUGGCCCCGACAGCUCAUCAGGCAUUGCUUGGUCAGUUGCCAAUGAUUGGCAGCGGGUGAAAUAGAGGCAUUCUUUGCAUUGGGCUCUCUUCUUCAAUUCAAUCUUUGGGUUUGACAUUUUUUUUUUUGGGGAAGGGGGACUUGAACCCUUGACCUCAAAAAAGCAAAGUCAUUAGAAGACAAAGAGUACCAUUAGAUCAAAAGCCUAGUGAUGGUUUGACAUUUCUUAGGUCGCUAUCUGACGAUUAAUUCCAUGCUGCUCAGCAAACCUCUCACAUGGGUAGGUAUUUAACUUUCAAUGCUCUGUUGCAUUUGAUUCAUAAUGUUUCCUUAUUAUAAACUCUUAUAUUAGGCGAUGACCUAUUGUUUCAGUGGAAUUUUUUUAGCAGGUCUAAAUUAGAAACGAGAAUUAUUUUAAUUUCUAUGCAACUCCUUUUCGUACCAAAAUAAGGGGUCAAUUCCCUACUAUGCUGGUUAAAGAAGUAGAUUCCUUACCUCUGCUAAUAAAAGAUGAAACAAGAGACCUUCCCAAAUCUAAAGUCAACUUCAGUUCUAUUCAAUCUUUCUGAUACUUUCAAUCAAAUCCCAUUACAGAAAAGAUGGUUUCAAACAUGUUUUCUGAUCUCAACAUGCCUUCUGCAAAAACACUUGUGUCUACGGUAGCUUCUGUUGCUGCUUCUGCCAUAGUGGUCCGAUCGAUAGUCCGAGACCUCGUACCUUAUGAGCUUCAACAAUAUGUCUUCUCGAGCUUCCGAAAUAUUUUCAAAACGUUUUCGUCUGAGAUAGUCGUGAUCAUCGAAAAAUACGAUGGCCUUGUCCACAAUCAAAUCUACAGGGCUGCUGGAAUUUAUUUAGGCACAAAAAUCUCACCCUCUACCCAAAUGUUUAAAGUGAGCAUGCCCAAGAAGGAGACGAAGAUAAAGACUUCCAUGGCGAGCAAUCAAGAAAUCAUCGACAAUUUCAAUGGUGUUCAAUUCAAAUGGAGGAAAAUCACAAGACAGGUUGAAUCUUCCACUAGUCAACCUUCAUCCUCUCAGACAGAAAUUCGAUUUUUUAGGCUAAGUUUUCGCAAGAAACACAAGGCAAUGGUAUUUGAUUCUUACUUUCCUUUCAUUCUAAAGGAGUCGAAGAAGCUGAAACAAGAGAGAAAGACACUGAAAAUCCGCACAUUGAAUGGCGAUAGCAUGCGAAGUUAUUCAAGAGGGGGGUCUUUAUGGAAAUCCAUAACUUUCGAUCAUCCAGCAAAUUUUGAUACAUUGGCAAUGGAUACAGAGAUGAAGAGAAUGAUCAUGGAUGAUCUCGAACGAUUUGUGAGAAGAAAGGAGUUGUAUAGGAAAGUAGGGAAGGCUUGGAAAAGAGGGUACUUGUUGUAUGGUCCUCCUGGGACAGGGAAAUCGAGCUUGAUCGCAGCAAUGGCGAAUUACCUGAACUUUGAUAUCUAUGACUUGGAGCUCACUGCUAUUCAUAGCAACUCAGACCUGAGGAAACUGUUGAUUGGCAGCCCGAACCAGUCGAUUCUUGUGGUUGAGGAUAUUGAUUGUAGUCUUGAGUUUGAAGAUCGAAAAGCCAAAGAACCAGCUCUAAAGAGCAUUCAAUCUAGUCAAGAGAGCCAAGCUCAGACUGUGAAUAUUGUUCCGCAACAGAAACUGAGCCAAGUAACACUUUCGGGGCUGUUCAAUUUCAUUGACGGACUCUGGUCAAGCUGUGGAGACCAACGGAUUAUCAUUUUCACAACCAAUCACAAAGAUCGAAUCGACCCAACUUUGCUACGUCCUGGCCGCAUGGAUUUGCACAUCCACAUGUCUUAUUGCACUCCCUGUGCCUUCAAGACUCUAGCCAUGAACUAUCUUGGAAUUACAGAGCACUCUUUUUUCCCCGAAAUCAAUGAUCUGUUGGAAAAGACAAUGGUGAGCCCUGCAGAAAUUGGAGAGCAAUUACUGAAAAAUGAGGAACCAGAGGCUGCACUACAGGGCCUGAUUGAGUUCCUCCAGAGGAAGAAGAGAGAGAGUGAGGAAAUGGAAGCAAGAAAACUAGAAGGAGAGAGAGAUAUGGGGAAGAGUGAAGUAUGAGAAUUCAGCAAAGGGGUGGAAAAAAAUUGUACAUAAAAACUGAUCUGAUUUAAUGACUUGGUGAUAUUAUGGUUGUGACAUGUUUUAAUAGAAUUAUUGUAACUGUAAUUGUUAGACUUUUUUAGGUUAACUACUCUGUUCAAAUUAAAAAGAA